AACUCUACAUUACCUGAGAGUCUGUAAUCCACCAGAUGCCUAUGCAUGCUCUCACCUUGGCUUCUCUGCAUUAUUCCGUGUUCUUCAUUUUCUUCUUCGUUCGAAAUUCUCUUCUGGGUGUGCUCAAUUCACAUUGAUCUCUUCAUUCUUUGCUUCAUUUUGUCCAGCUACUUCACCAAAUUCGGUAAUUGUUUCCAAUUUAACAUUUUAUUGCAGAGAUUCCACAGUUGAAUUGAACGAGUUUUUGCUUUUAUUUGACCAAAUCUGGUUCACUCGUUACAAACCCUGUUCAAAUGCACGGCCUGUAAAAAACGAAAAUGAAGACCCCAAAAGAUUCAGAGAAACCAUUCUGGGAUCAGAUUCAGAUGAGAAGCCCAUCGAGUAACUCACUGACAGGAACCGGGUCAAGCAGCCGUCUCGGACCCAAACUCAUGGUCUGGCUUAUCCUCUUUGUUUCAGUCACUUAUGUUAUCUACACUCUGAAGCUGAUCUCCACCUCACGCGGUUGCGUCGAAGAACCUUUCUCAAUCACCCACCGUGUGCUGGCAACGUCAACAACAAUGGACAAUAUCACAUCCAUGCCGUUGAUUCUCAAUCAAACGGCGGCCGGCCAACACCUCAUCCAUCCACGCGAAUCUCAAGAAAGAAGAACACAAAUACCGACUGAUAUCCACCACAUCGUGUUCGGCAUCGCGGCGUCAGCUAAACUGUGGAGCAAGAGAAAAGAGUACAUCAAAAUAUGGUACAGUCCGAAACAAAUGCGAGGCGUUGUGUGGCUUGACGAUGAUGUCAAAACAAACCAGAGCGAAAACUUGCCUCCAAUAAAGAUCUCAAGCAACACUUCAAAUUUCCCUUACUCGAACAAGAAGGGUCACCGUUCGGCUAUACGGAUCUCACGCAUCGUGUCAGAAACUCUCCGACUUGGGCUGAAGAACGUGAGGUGGCUUGUGAUGGGAGACGACGACACCGUUUUCAUAACGGAGAAUUUGAUUAGGGUUUUGAGAAAAUAUGACCAUAACCAGUUUUAUUAUAUAGGGAGCUUAUCGGAAUCCCAUUUACAGAACAUAUUUUUCUCUUAUGGCAUGGCUUAUGGUGGCGGUGGGUUCGCUAUAAGCUAUCCGUUGGCUAAAGCUCUUGCUAAGAUGCAAGACAGAUGUAUUCAUAGAUAUCCAGGACUCUACGGUUCUGAUGAUCGAAUGCAAGCUUGUAUGGCGGAACUCGGUGUUCCACUCACUAAAGAACUCGGUUUUCACCAGUAUGAUGUACACGGCAAUUUGUUCGGACUCCUGGCAGCGCACCCGGUUACGCCCUUGGUGUCCCUUCAUCACCUUGACGUCGUUGAGCCCAUCUUCCCCAAUGUGACUCGUGUUCAAGCCCUUGAGCGGCUUAUGGUGCCUAAGAAGCUUGAUUCUGCUGCACUCAUGCAACAAUCCAUCUGCUAUGACAAAGAAAAGAGCUGGACUAUUUCGGUUUCAUGGGGCUUUGCAGUUCAAGUCUUCCGCGGAAUAUUUUCACCCCGGGAGAUAGAAAUGCCCUCAAGAACAUUUUUGAAUUGGUACAGAAGAGCAGAUUACACGGCAUAUGCCUUCAACACUCGUCCAGUGGCCCGAAACCAGUGUCAAAAACCAUUUGUAUUUUACUUGUCAGAUGCUAAAUUCGAUUCGAAAAUGAAUCAAACAGUGAGCGAGUAUCAUCAGCAAAAAAUCCCUCACCCUUCCUGCAGAUGGAAGAUGGCGGAUCCUGCUAAUCUUGAUGUAGUGGUGGUUUACAAAAAUCCAGAUCCACGUCUAUGGGAAAGAUCUCCAAGAAGAAAUUGUUGCAGAGUGAUAAAGUCAAAGAAGAGUCCAAGGAUGGAGAUAGAUGUGGGUGUAUGCAGAGAAGAUGAGGUUAGCGAAGUAUAAUUAGAGAGAUAAUUAAUUGUACAGUAGGUUUAGGGCUGGAUUCGAUCUUUGGUCGAACCCAAACAAGGUUCAGCUCUAGAUCAACAAAUUGAGAUUCGAACUUGACUACACAACAAUUUUAAUCUUGGUUUCAAUUUGAUUUAUUUGAUAUGAGCUUAAAAUA